GGUUCCACACGAUCACGAAGCCUUUGGUAAACAUCGGAUUGGUAUGAGAUAAGUUUGAUUCGAAUCUACUUUGCAAGAUGCCUAGAGAGCGCAGAAAACGUAUUGCAGCCCAUGAACCUUCCGCUAAGCUCGCCCGGCGACCCUUUGCAGUGCAAGAGAAUGCCGUUGAAGCGGUCGAAGUAGGUGCUGCGGCAGAUGUUUCAGGGGAAGCGAUAUUGCAAGCAAUUUCUGCAGCGGCUACCGAGCCUCGUCAUUCAAUGAAGAAGAAAGAGAAACAGCAGCUCAAACACGACGCUUUCAUUGACAGGCUGACAUGCAAAACAUCUCCGUACUCGAAAGUGCAAAGACGUCGAUACAAUAGACGGCAACGAGAACAAGUCGGGGGCGGACUCGAUGUUAUUGGCGCUGUUCUUUCCGACAUUAAUAUAGAUGACUCUCCAGCACAAGUUAGUCCAAUAGUCGAGGAGGCAAAGGACGUUCGUGCUCCCAAGGUUCAACCGAAGAAGCUGCAGAUUGGAGAGGGCAAGGGAUUACCGCUAAGGAAGAACCAGAGAAAACGUGCAUUGGAACUUGAGAAACUCCGACAACCAUUGAUACUCUCAAAUCCGCAGUACUCAUCAAACCCAUUUCAGACGAUCCGCACUCACGCGCAGAAUACGCUUGUGAAGCGUGCUGAUGUCCCAGCUGGGCGAUAAUAUAAAUGUACGAGAGGCUACUACACCCCGAGACUUGCACCGUCAUCACGGAUGGUAUAUGCGAUCACGGGUGUAAUGUCAAUGAUCCCUGGAUUUUGCCAUCCAGGUGGAUAUGUGAGGAUGUUAUCCAGCGUGUUGUACAGAUGGCGGACAGUGCAUAAU